AUGACACCACCUGUAGAGCGGAGUCAGAAACCUCCAAAGUCCAGCUUCAAGCAACACAAACCAAAGACUGGUGAGUGCAAAAACACAAAUUGUAAUGGAAUCAGAUGCCACAACUGCCAAGGCAUUGGACACAAGAAACGGAGCUGUCCAUCACGAAGGACGCCAGCUAAGCCGCGGGCAGUCCCAGACUAGCCCAAUUCCAUGAAAGCCAAAACACACAUGCUGUUCUCAGUGUCAAGGGCACAGGUCCCGAAAUGUGUAUCCCCCUACUAAUGCACGACAUGGAGGUAUGUGCUCAUUUAGACAGUGGGGCACGGAGAAAUGUGCUGCCUUGGCACUGUUACGACACCAUUCACCCAGACGUUAAACCUCCACUCCAGUUAUCGACUGUGCAGUCUUUGUAGGGCAUUGGUCCUGUAAAUGUCAAAGUCUUUGGAGAAGUCCACCUGCCCAUUCAGGUUGGUACCCGCACAGUGUGUGUUAACUUCAUCGUUGCAGAUGUGGCAGAGAACGCCGAAGCCAUCCUCUGUCAUCCAUUCGUUCUCGAAUCAGGGUGUGAGUACAUUGUGCCGGGGAACGCACACUUCCGUGAACCUGUCAGAGGCGACAUGGUGCUAAGCCCAACUAAAGGAUUAAUUGAGAAGCAUUGUCUAUUGGUGGUACGGGUUGUGGUUGACGCACAGGCCAAUCCCCAUCAGGCUCUACAACCCAGGAACAGAGUCAGUGAAAGUAAAUCCGCUAUCGCCGGAUUCCUCCAGGCAGCAGAUGUUGUUCAUCCCACUGAUAUUUCUUCCAUGUAAUCACAAACUAGUCUCAUCUCCCCAGCGGUUCCUGCUCACUUACGAACAUUGUGGGAUGGCUCAGCUCCUUAGUGCCUACGGGAAUGUCUUCUCUACUGGAUCCACUGAUAUUGGUCGCACUAGUCUUGUACAGCAUGACAUUCAGACGCUGCCUGGGCCCCCUGUGAAGCAGCAACUGCGGCGGAUGGCAUUCGAAAAGCAGCUCAAUGCAGACCAGCAGAUCCAGCAAAGUCUUGAAACUGGAGUAGCCUCUCCAAGCCAUGGCAGCUGGGCUUCACCGAUAGUCAUGAUACGCAAAAAGGACCAGACAUGCUGUCUAUAUGUGGACUACAGGGCUCUAAAUGAGCGUACCAUUAAGGAUGCAUAUCCUCUUCCUCGUAUCCAAGACACUCUUGAUACCCUGUCGACGGCCAAAUCGUUUAGCUCUUUGGACUUAGCGUCAGGCUACUGGCAGGUAGAGCUUAAUCCAAGUUCCCAUUAAGGCGGCUGCUUUCUGCAGCAGGAAGGGCCUCUUUGAGUGGAAUGUGAGCCCUUUUGGGCUCUGCAAUGCACCAGUCCAAGAAUGGCCCCAGCCUACCUGCGUUUCAGAAGUCCGUCAGUUCGUCGGCCUGGCCUCGUACUACCAACGAUUUGUAAAAGAUUUUGCUGCUGUAGCCAAGCCCCUUCAUGAGCUUACAAAGAAGCAUGCUUGUUUCCGGUGGAUGCCAGAGUGCCAGGAGGCGUUCAAAGAAUUAAAGAAGCUACUCACCACCGUGCCCGUCUUGGGCUAUCCACUCGACAGCGGCGACCUCAUCCUCGAUACAGACGCUAGCAACAAGUAUUGGAGCCGUCAUGUCCCAAAUGCAGGACUGUGAGGAAUGUGUACUAGCGUAUGGGAGCCGGCGGCUGUCCUCCACCGAGCAAAACUAUUGUACCACACGGAGGGAGCUACUGGCAGUAGUGGAGUUCACUACACACUUCCGUCAAUACCUGCUUGGAAGACUCUUCAUUGUGUGCACAGACCACAGCAGCCUUCGGUGGCUCAUAAGGAUGAAGGAACCAGAAGGUCAACUGGCGAGGUGGCUCGAGAAGCUUGGGGAGUAUAACUUCAAGGUCAUACAUCGUCCAGGACGCCACCACAAAAAUGCUGACAUCCUGUCCAGGAGGCCCUGCUGCCAGACUUGCCCCUGCACUAUACAGGACCCUACCCAGAACAUUGACCAUUUCAGGCACCAGGAGUGCGGUGUGACCUCGGCCCCAGCAUAGCUGAUUACGCCGUGGAAGCUACUUCUAUGGAGCUCUACUCAGCGGGGGUAGGAGAAGACCCCAGCCUACAGCCUGCACUCCCUGGAGCUUCUGGAGCUGCCUUCGACAUGGAGUCGAGUCAUCGGGACAGUGAAGAUGACACGUCGGAAGUGGAAAAGGUUCACCUCACCGAUGCAAGUGACACUGUUCUAUUCCAUGGAUGGACUACUGAGGAAUUACGUCAAGCUCAGGCUGACUCUGACAUGGGCCCCGUCAAGAGAUGGCUCGAGAAAGGACAGGAACUCCCAUCGUGGGGAGAUGUGUCACCUUUCGAGCCAGCGACUAAGGCCUAUUAGAGCCAGUGGAAGAGACUGUAUGUCAAGGAUGGCAUUCUCUUAUGGCGCUUCUACUGUACCGAAGGCACAGUGUUUCACCCACAGAUACUUCUACCUUGUGUGUUCCGGAAGGACAUCAUGAAGCAGAUGCAUGACGGCCCAGUAGGCGGUCACUUUGGCGUGGAACGCACACUUGCCUGGCUGCAGACAAGAUACUACUGGUACCGAAUGAGCGAGGAUGUCACCUUAAGGUGUCGUACAUGUACCAGCUGUGCCGCUAAAGCCAGACCUCAAAGGAAGCCCCAAGCCCCUAUGGGCACUGUCCACGUGGGAGUACCUAUGGAGAGGAUCACCAUUGAUCUCAUAGGCCCCAUGAACGAGACAGAACGCUACAAUCGCUACAUAUUGGUGGUUCAAGACUAUUUCACAAAGUGGGUGGAAGCCUAUCCUCUGCCCUACGAUCAAGCCAUGACAGUGGCUGAAGUUCUGACAGCUGAAUGGGUGUGUCGCUAUGGAGCCCCACAGACACUCCACAGCGAUCAAGGCUCCAAAUUUGAGUCUGAAGUCUUCAAAAUAAUGUGUGAACUGUAAGGAAUCCAAAAGACUCACACAACCCCUUUGAGACCGCAAUCUGACGGAAGAUUUAAUGCCACUCUACAGAAGAUCUUAGCCACCACCACAGAACGUUGUCAUUGGGACUGGGACCUCAUGAUUCCAUGUGCCGUGAUGGCCCAUAGAGCAACAAAGCACAGCUCAACAGGGUCCACUCCGAACAUGAUGCUCCUUGGAAGAGAAGUAACAGAACCCAUCGACCUGGUGGCUGGCUUGCCACCCGAUCAUGAGCACGCCAAGACCCCUCCACAGUAUGUUGCACAGCUACGAGACAGAUUGGAACUUGCUCACCAGAUUGCAAGGGAAUCGCUGGGUCAGUCUGUGGAGCGUGCCAAAAAGCAGUAUGACAAGAGUUUUGCAAGGACACACUACAACGUUGGUGACACAGUAUGGUACUUAAUUAAAGGAACAAAGCGGGUGCGGGACAAAGUCAGGAGGUUCCUACCAUCCUAUGUGGGUCCUUACUUCAUACUGGGACAGCUGGACGACUUGGUUUACCGGAGCCGAGAACAAAGGUGAAGGUAAGUUCAUCACAACAAACUCAAGCCGUACAACUCCCGCACAACUAUAGACAACAGCUGGGUUACAGGUGCUAAGACUAGUAGUUGUAAAAGUAGUAGUAAACAAUGCCACUUUAUAUGAAUGUGGCAAUGUGUAUGUUGUCUCAUAUAUCAUGGGCAGGAGAGGCUCUAACAAACCACCUGUUGUAUAAUUAAGCAAUAAUGCACAAGGGGGGGUGUUAUAUGGCCAAUAUACCAAGGCUAAGGGAUGUUCUUAAGCACGACACAAUGCAGAGUGCCUGGAUACAGCCCUUAGCCGUGGUAUAUUGGCCAUAUACCACAAACCCCCGAGGUGCCUUAUUGCUAUUAUAAACUUGUUACCAACGUAAUUAGAGCAGUAAAAAUAAAUGUUUUGUCAUACGUUAACCUCAAAGCCGGUGUUUGGAGGAUAUAUUGGCACAGUUUGCUAACAACACCCGUGCCAAUAUAUCCUCCAAACACCGGCUUCUCUGGCAUUAUCACUUCAUUAUAAACUGGGUGGUUCGAGCCCUGAAUGCUGAUUGGCUGACAGCUGUGGUAUAUCAGACCGUAUACCACGGGUAUGACAAAACAUUUAUUUUUACUGCUCUAAUUACGUUGGUAACAAGUUAGCCGCAUUUGCAUUUGUAUAAGCUGUUUUCUAGUGACAUUUAUCUGGAUACAUCCAUAACAAUGAGCUAAUGAGGCGCGAUUUCACCUGGCAUAGAAAAUGUGCUCACUCGUCAGGACACUGUUGUUCAGAGGAGCUAGCCAACACAGCUAUCACUUAAAAUUGAAGCUGGAAAUACUGCAAACUAGCUGCAUUUCGUUUCGUUUUACCUUUUUUGUAUAUAUCCAUAAAAAUGAUGCCAGCUGAUUCAUGAUUUCGACUGGCUGAGAAACAAUACCUGUCUGUCUCGUCCCGACUCCCGACACAUUCAUUACUAUGGGACAGCUGGAGAUAGAAUUUGAAUAUUGAAACAAUGUUGCAAAUGUCGGAGAGACAGACAGCAAGGUUUAUACAAAUCUCCGCUGUUGAAAACAAAAUGGGAGAUAAUGUCUAAAUGCUUUUUAUAGUGGAGAUCAAGUUUAUAAAGUGCCUGGCUGGGCUGAUGAGACAGUGGAUUGCGCAGUCAGAUGGAACAGAAUAAAUAGGCAUUUUAACGUCAUAGAUUUAACUUGUGGAAUAGACACUGGCUGGAAUGCGGUUUUAACCAAUCAGCAUUUAGGAUUAGUCCCACCCGUUUUAUAAUUUACGACACAUUCUCUCACCUUGUGCUCCCAUUUCAAUGGGUCCAUUUGUCACGCCCUGGCUCUGGGGACACUGUUAUGUUGAGCCAGGGUGUGUAAUUCUAUGUAUUCUAUUGCUAUGUUGGGAGUUCUAGUUUGUAUUUCUAUGUUGGCCUGAGUGACUCCCAAUCAGAGGCAACGAGUGUCAGCUGGUUGUCUCUGAUUGGGAGCCAUAUUUAAACUGUCUGUCUUUCCCUUUGUGUUUGUGGUUUCUUGUUCUUAUUUGGUUUGUGUUCAACCGUAGACAUCACGUUAUCGUCUGUUGUUUUGAUCGUGUGAUCAUUCGCUAAAUAAAUAUGUUCACCUUCAACGCUGCGCAUUGGUCCUCCUCCUUAGACGAUCGUGACAGAAGAAACCACCAGAACUGGACCAAGCAGCCUAGUGAGGAGCAGAGAGGGUGGACUUGGGAACAGUGGAGGAAGAGCUUCGACUGGGUCAAGCCGAAUGAGGAGCUGAAUGGCGGAGAUUGGAAGCAGAAGAGCGAGAGUUGGGCGAGAAUUAUAGAGGCCUGGCCCACGGGGAAGAGAGACUCCCAGAAAUUUUUUAGGGGGGGGCUCACGACGUCGGGGCAGCAGGAGGCCGCGAUGGAGCGGCCCAGCGGGUUGCCAGAGGAGGCCGCCAGGUUACGGGGGCCACUGGUCGAAGAGGGGAUGGUGGAUGUAGAGGCACGGCGAGAGGUACUGGCGUGUGUUGCCAGUCCGGUCCGGCCUGUUCCUGAUCCCCACGUAGGGCCAGUGGUGUGUGUUCCCAGUACGGUCCGGCCUGUUCCUGCCACUCGCACCAAGUCAGUGGUGCGGUUCGUCAGCCCGGCACGGCCCGUUCCUGCUCCCCGCACCAAGUCAGUGGUGCGCUUCGUCAGCCCGGCACGGCCCGUUCCUGCUCCCCGCACCAAGUCAGUGGUGCGCUUCGUCAGCCCGGUCCGGCCCGCUCCUGCUCCCCGCACCAAGUCAGUGGUGCGUUUCGUCAGCCCAGCUUGGCCCGUUCCUGCUCCACGCACCAAGUCAGUGGUGCGCUUCGUCAGCCCGGCUCGGCCCGUUCCUGCUCCCCGCACCAAGUCUACGGUGCGUGUCGCCAGCUCGGCCCGGCCUGUUCCUGCUCCCCGCACCAAGUCAGUGGUGCGUUUCGUCAGCCAUGUCCGGCCCGUUCCUGCUCCCCGCACCAAGUCAGUGGUGCGUUUCGUCAGCCCUGUCCGGCCCGCUCCUGCUCCCCGCACCAAGUCAGUGGUGCGUUUCGUCAGCCCUGUCCGGCCCGCUCCUGCUCCCCGCACCAAGUCAGUGGUGCGUUUCGUCAGCCCUGUCCGGCCCGCUCCUGCUCCCCACACCAAGCCAGUGGUGUGCGUCGUCAGUCCAGCACGGCCCGUGCCUGUUCCCCACACCAAGCCAGUGGUGUGCGUCGUCGGUCCGGCACGGCCCGUGCCUGUUCCACUGGUGCCUGGUCCGGCACCGGUCAGAUGCGUUACGCCGGAGCUAGAGCAAUCCACUCCAUCAGUGUGCAGUCCAGCUCCGGCCAGCGGGGCCAGACCGGACCAGGGGUACUUUGGGGGGUUGGAGAGGGAGUGGGGAUCAGGCCCGGAGCCGGAUCCGCCGCCAAGGCGGAGUGCCCACCCGGUCCCUCCCCUGUGGUAUUUAGUUGGCGCGGUCGGAGUCCGCGCCUUUAGGGGGGGGGUACUGUCACGCCCUGGCUCUGGGGACACUGUUAUGUUGAGCCAGGGUGUGUAAUUCUAUGUAUUCUAUUGCUAUGUUGGGAGUUCUAGUUUGUAUUUCUAUGUUGGCCUGAGUGACUCCCAAUCAGAGGCAACGAGUGUCAGCUGGUUGUCUCUGAUUGGGAGCCAUAUUUAAACUGUCUGUCUUUCCCUUUGUGUUUGUGGUUUCUUGUUCUUAUUUGGUUUGUGUUCAACCGUAGACAUCACGUUAUCGUCUGUUGUUUUGAUCGUGUGAUCAUUCGCUAAAUAAAUAUGUUCACCUUCAACGCUGCGCAUUGGUCCUCCUCCUUAGACGAUCGUGACACCAUUCCACAUUCCUGGCUUGAAGCAGAUGUCCUUCAAAACACAGCCGGGUGCAACUUUGCUAAACUAUGUACAGUAAGUAAGUGGAUCUUUUGUAUUUAAGGCCAGGCUGAAAUGACAUUUUUGCAUCUACCUAUCCAUUUUGAGAAUUGUUGAUAUUUUGGUCCAUUAAUAUCAGUUUUUUUUUUUAAGUCAACAUAGAAAUGUUAACUUCAUACAUUUAUAUUUUCUUUAGUUGAUCAUACUACUGUCACUUUUAACCACUUUAAAAUUGACAUACAACAAUUUCUAAGCUCACUACAUGAAAUUACACAUAAUUUAAAAGCCUAUUUCAUAGAGAAUGUUACAAACUGGACUACAUUUAGUCAUUUACUUUGAAGAGAUGAUUGGGUCUAAAUAGGCGUUUGGUAGUCUACAUUCAGUGCACAAUGGUCUGAUAGGCUUAUGAAUUUAUUGGUCCAGGACAACAUAAUAAUGACAAUCCAGGAACGCUCCUACUUGGUGAAAUCAUGAUGUGGGUACUUGUCUUUAACUGCCAUUUCCUGAAUGUCAGACUCUUCCCACAGGCCAACACAUUUUUCUGUUUCAAAAGCUGCAUUCACCUAAUUUUGUGUGGUUAUCCUUAGAUAUAUUCUUCAGACUUGCCCAGAGGGAAUUGUUGAUAUGUUGUCAAUUUUGUCUUGUCGAUUUCUUUGGAAAAAUACAUAAACGUGCAUAUCUUUAGUAUUUUACAGAUAGAAAGAUUUCAAAAAUAUUUAUCCACAAUCUGCUCUGGAUAAAUCCGGUUCUGGAGUGUGUUAACCAAAUUCAACCAAAAUAUUUUAACUGACUUCAAGUGUCCAGAAAAAAUGUAUUUGCGUGAUAUGCAAAUAUGUGCAUAUUUCGCCUAAUUUGCAUAUUUCAAGAAAAUAUUUCAGAAAAAUUAUUAUACAAAAAAGUAUUAUAUUUGUGUCUACAUUUAACUGGUAAAGUUGGACUGUGAUAUGAUUACGGGGGGAUUACCCUAUGAGGGUGUGAUGUCUUCCUCUUAUGAAAAUUCAAUUCCAAAUGUUUCCUAAACAAGAUCGCAAGCGAGGCGUAUUUGUGUUUAGACAUAGCGUUUGGGCAGCGGCGGAGCCUUGGCGCAAAAAGGGAUGUGGAAUGAUGACUGUAACACAUGCAAUGGAAUUUGAGUCAUGAUAAGAUAAAUAUACAAAAUUGAGGUAAGAUGGUAAACAUUUUUCUAGCACUUCAAAAUAAACUCGCUGCAUAAGGAGUUUACUGUAUUGUGUACUUAUACACUGGUAUUUAUUUUUGCUAAAUGUUGAAUUUAUUCCAUGAGAACAAUAAUACCCAAAUAGGCUAUGAGCUGAACAUACAUUUUGGCCCCCUCAGAUGUAGGGCCUCGUGUUUUCCUAUUAUUACGGUAACAGGGGGCAUUCCUUGUCACGUGAUCAGCGAGAGCAUCUUUUUGGUCCAUUUUGGAUGAUAGCUGAGCCCUUGUAGCUAACCACGACACCCGAAAAUGACAAAAUUGCAGUUUUUAAACGUAUUUUUGACCGAGCGGCUUAUGCUCGCUGCCCAGGAGAUCUAUAAAUCUGUCGAAGACACGAUUUUGGAAUAUCAAGAGGAGAUUGCGCUCAGGGAGAGGGAGAACGACCAUCUGAGACGCAGGCUCCGAGACGCUGGAAUUGAAAUAUGGCCAGGUUAGUAGCUAGGCUAUCAUGCUAACGUUAAAGUUAGCGCCGAAACGGUACGCUAAACCAAAUUGGUUGCUAAACUGUUGUAAUGUUAUAUACAUUGCUAAGCAACUAAAAGGCAAUUUAUUUAUUUUAUAUUUUACACCCUUGUAUUAACGUUGCGAGAACUAACUAGCUAGUUAAUAUUUUUCAGAAAGCUAAUAACGUUAGCUACGCUAACGUAGCUAGCUCCUUCACGUAACUAGCCACCUUUGUUCGUUAGCCAGCUAACUAUCUAGCGAGCUGCUGAUAUUCAGACUAUCAAUUGACUCAUCUGUUUUGUUGAUAUAAUUUCUGAAAUCUGGUUCCUGUGAUACGUAAAUGUAGUUGAUCUUAUUUUUCCUCGAUCGUAAAUCAUAUGACUGCCAAGUCCCUCCCUCUCUUCCAUCCAGACCGUCAGUCCAUGGCACUAUUGGAGGAGGAGGAUGGCGAGCAUCCUCGCCGGGAGUGGAGCCCCAGCAUGGGCCAUGAGGAACGUGUCCCCAUCCUGAUCAAGGAGAAACGGGAGCUCAGGUCCAGCCAGGGGGACGAGCAACUCCGCGGCCAUGGAUCCUGCAGCACCCCAGAGGCCAUGUUCACCCCUCCCCGCGUCAGCAACGAAUUCCCCCAGGACCCUCCCCACUCCUCUAACCUGCCCCAGAUCCCGUCGGUGGAGAACAGAGAGCGGGACCCUGGUCCCAGAAGCUCAUCCAGACACGUCAAGUCAGAAGUGUCCCACAGAGGCUCAUCAUCCUCAUCUUCGUCCAACAGCGGCCCGCAGCCCCUCGCCACGGUCAACCCCAACUGCUCCAACGAGAACAACAUUGACAUCAUCGGGGUGGAGAACGGAGGACAGAUGGGGUCGGGGUCUGGGUCUAAAGGACGAGCUGGCGGGAGCAGAGGUCAGGGCUCCCAUUUAGGCAACCAGGGCAGUAACGCGGCCGCAGAGUGUGGAAAAUCCCCCCUCCAGGUGCACGUGUCGUCAUUCUGCUGCAAGGUGUGUGGGGAGGCAUUCAGCCACGUUGGACACCUGCAUGUCCAUGUCCAGGUGCACACCCGGGAGAAGCCGUACCGCUGCGGGGUGUGUGGGAAGUGCUGCAGCUCCUCCGGCAGGCUCCAGGAGCACGCUAGGAGUCACACUGGAGAGAAGCCGUACCGCUGCCAGAUCUGUGGGAAGGGAUUCACCCAGAUGGCCCAUCUGAAGGUCCACAUGCGGAUCCACACGGGAGAGAAACCAUACAGCUGCCCAGUGUGUGGCAAGUGCUUCAGCCGCUCCGACAAAAUCAAACGGCAUCUCCAGACCCACAGCCGUGAGGGCACUUACUUCUCAGGGCAGUAAGAUGAGGGAGACCACCGGUGGUUGUGGGUGGUUGUUGUUAAUGAACGACUGAGUAUGUAUGAAUGAAUUACUGAUAAUGGGAAAUUUUUUAAAAGCUAAAAUUGCUGCCACUAAGACGGCUUGUUAUUUUUCUCUUUCUCUCAAAGAGCUAGGGAUUCUGCGACUUUCUUAGAGAAUGUUUUAUCUCCUAGUUAACACUUCUCUACAUGCCAUAGUUUCUCUCUCUCAUGCAGUAGAUUUGUAUUGCAUUAUAGUCAAUUUAGUAUGUGUCCAUUUACUUACUUUUUGUACUUGUCACUGAAUGGGAUAAUAGGGAAUCUUUAAAAACACCAAAUUGAACGAUUUAGUAGCUAGUCUUUCUGAAUGAUUUAGUCUUUCUUUUAGUAAUGAACUUGGUAGCAUGAUGAUAAUGAAGUCUUCCACUAUGCGCCUUGAAACGGAGAUGCAUUCAGGAUUGCAACAAUAAGCAGCAUUCCAAAACAUGGUGGUCUUGCCCCAGACGAUUUGCACAGGGCCAAUUUACACAUUGUAUGUUUCUAAAAGCAAUGGUUGUUUUAAAUGUCUUCAUUUCCUUUUUUAUAAAGUAUAUCACAGCUUCUUCUAAAAACCCACUAGUCUUAUUUCCUCAGUCGGCUGGCUGAAAUACGUAAGAUGUUUUUAUUUGUAUUUUUAAUGAACAAUGGCUAACCGUAAGGGCAUUGUCUAUAAACAGUUGUCCAUUCCUUGAGUUUACAAAUAUGGAUAUAAGUACACAUAUUAGCCAUUGCUAGUUAGGUUUAGCAAUAGCCCUGCCUGCUCUAUUCAAGGUUUCUGUAUGGUUAGUCACCUAAAGCCUCCCUGAUACAACCGAUGUUAAAGGACCAUUUGCCUCUCUCCUUCGUCAUUGUUUCAGAACUGUAUGCUGCCACUUGAAUUUCAGUCGACUAACUUAUCUUACAAUAAAAACAUACUAUUAUCAAAGAGGAUUCAAUACGAAGACUGCUAUUUUGCAAGAAAUGUUGCCUUGAUAAGGAUCGUUUGAUAAUUCUGUAUAUGACCACUAUCUAUCCCCCACCUCUGAUGCAGAUAGAGUUUGUGUGUGUCCUCUAUGACCUGCACUACAGCAUUUGACCAACACUGUGCAGAUUCCCCAGCUGAGCCAUACAGUAUUACCCUGUAUCUAUCUGAGCUGCUUGUUCCCGAUGGUUGGUCCUGAGCUCGGCACUGCACAUACUGUAUAUUCACUUUAGUAAAGAUCUGUUCUUGAUGGCCAGUUGUUUGGAAGUGUAACAGAUGUUUUUUUACAGACACAGAUCAAGCCUACUUCUGGAAUAAAAAGCACUUUAGAUAGUUUAUAUUGCAAGUGCUUGUAAUCUAGGAGUAGACUUAAUCCAAGUCUAUCCCUUAGUUUUUAUCAAAACUUGAGCAGUGACUAGCUGAGAACGAGGCUCAUGAACAAGCAGUAGGCCUAUGGCCUGGACCAGAAACAAACCAUUGCCCCAUCCCCUAGGCAAGUGUCUUGGGCAAUAGGGGCUUGGGGUUGUUACUAGUAGACAGGGUCUUUAUCUCUUCUCAGGACUGAGGCUACAACAGUAGUUCCUCUAACUCAACCAGCAUCCCUCCCCCUCCUCUCUCCCACACAGUCUAUUCUGGGACACUGCUGCUCCCACACACAUUACUGUACAGUGUUUUAUCAUUGUGUAAUAAAUGUAAUUUUUAAAUAAAGUAGUCAUUGA